ACCUGGCAAAGGGGGUUUUGCGCAGUGGCUGAGGCCGCCCCGAAAGGAUUCGUGCCGGGCAGGAGCCCUCGCCCCGUUCUCCACCCGCCGCCUUGUCUCUCCUCGCCUCUCCUUGCCUCGUCCCUCCUACCCGCCGCUGGUAUACCUUAAAGAGCUGGAAAAAUGACUGACUCCAAGUAUUUCACAACCAAUAAAAAAGGAGAGAUCUUUGAACUGAAGGCAGAGCUCAACAAUGAAAAGAAGGAGAAAAGGAAAGAAGCUGUCAAGAAAGUGAUUGCAGCCAUGACAGUGGGGAAGGAUGUCAGCUCUCUCUUUCCAGAUGUGGUGAAUUGUAUGCAGACGGAUAACCUGGAGCUGAAGAAGCUUGUCUAUCUGUAUCUGAUGAACUACGCCAAGAGCCAGCCAGAUAUGGCCAUCAUGGCUGUCAACAGCUUUGUGAAGGAUUGUGAAGACCCUAACCCAUUAAUCCGUGCCCUGGCAGUCAGGACUAUGGGAUGUAUUCGGGUAGACAAGAUCACGGAGUAUCUGUGUGAGCCACUUCGGAAGUGUCUGAAAGAUGAAGAUCCUUACGUCCGAAAGACCGCAGCAGUCUGUGUGGCCAAGCUGCAUGACAUCAACGCCCAGAUGGUAGAGGAUCAAGGCUUCUUGGAUUCUCUCCGGGAUCUCAUUGCAGACUCUAAUCCCAUGGUGGUUGCUAAUGCUGUGGCAGCCUUGUCAGAAAUCAGUGAGUCUCAUCCAAAUAGCAACCUGCUUGAUUUGAACCCUCAGAACAUUAAUAAGCUGUUAACAGCCCUGAAUGAGUGCACCGAAUGGGGCCAGAUCUUCAUCUUGGAUUGCCUGUCCAAUUACAACCCCAAGGAUGAUCGGGAGGCUCAGAGUAUCUGUGAGCGGGUGACUCCCAGGCUCUCCCACGCCAACUCGGCAGUGGUCCUGUCGGCCGUCAAAGUCCUGAUGAAGUUCUUGGAGCUGCUGCCCAAGGACUCUGACUACUACAACAUGCUGCUGAGGAAGCUGGCUCCUCCCCUGGUGACUCUGCUCUCUGGGGAACCCGAGGUGCAGUACGUCGCCCUGAGGAACAUCAACCUCAUUGUGCAGAAAAGGCCUGAAAUCUUAAAGCAGGAGAUCAAAGUCUUCUUUGUGAAGUACAACGACCCUAUCUAUGUCAAACUGGAAAAGCUGGACAUCAUGAUCCGCUUGGCAUCCCAAGCCAACAUUGCCCAGGUCCUGGCAGAACUAAAGGAAUAUGCCACUGAGGUGGAUGUUGAUUUUGUCCGUAAGGCUGUGCGAGCCAUUGGCCGAUGUGCCAUCAAAGUCGAGCAAUCUGCCGAGCGCUGUGUGAGCACCUUGCUGGACCUUAUCCAGACCAAAGUCAACUAUGUGGUUCAGGAGGCGAUUGUUGUCAUCAGGGACAUCUUCCGCAAAUAUCCCAACAAGUAUGAAAGUAUCAUUGCUACUCUGUGUGAGAACCUUGAUUCCCUUGAUGAGCCAGAUGCGCGAGCUGCCAUGAUCUGGAUUGUAGGAGAAUAUGCUGAGAGAAUCGAUAAUGCAGACGAGCUCCUGGAGAGUUUCCUGGAGGGCUUCCAUGAUGAGAGUACCCAGGUGCAGCUAACCCUGCUCACAGCAAUAGUGAAGCUGUUUCUCAAGAAACCCUCAGAAACUCAGGAACUGGUCCAGCAGGUCUUGAGCUUGGCAACUCAGGAUUCUGAUAACCCCGACCUUCGAGACCGGGGCUAUAUAUACUGGCGCCUUCUCUCCACGGAUCCUGUGACAGCCAAGGAAGUAGUCUUAUCCGAAAAGCCCCUGAUCUCUGAGGAGACAGACCUGAUUGAGCCCACCCUCUUGGACGAGCUCAUCUGCCACAUCGGUUCUUUGGCCUCCGUAUAUCAUAAGCCUCCCAAUGCUUUUGUUGAGGGAAGCCAUGGGAUCCACCGAAAACACUUGCCCAUUCAUCAUGGGAGUACCGAUGCUGGAGAUAGUCCUGUUGGCACCACCACCACAACCAAUCUGGAACAGCCUCAAGUCAUCCCCUCUCAGGGUGACCUGCUGGGCGACCUUUUGAACCUCGACUUGGGUCCCCCUGUCAAUGUGCCCCAGGUUUCCUCCAUGCAGAUGGGGGCUGUGGACCUCUUGGGAGGAGGGUUGGACAGCCUGCUUGGCAGUGACCUUGGCGGGGGCAUUGGAGGAAGUCCGGCAGUGGGACAGUCCUUCAUUCCAUCUUCUGUGCCUGCAACUUUUGCCCCUUCACCUACUCCUGCUGUGGUUAGCAGUGGACUCAAUGACCUCUUUGAACUCUCCACUGGGAUAGGACUGGCACCUGGAGGGUUUGUGGCUCCCAAAGCUGUUUGGCUUCCUGCAGUGAAAGCAAAAGGCCUGGAGAUUUCAGGAACGUUCACUCACCGGCAGGGCCACAUCUACAUGGACAUGAACUUCACCAACAAAGCAUUGCAGCACAUGACAGAUUUUGCUAUUCAGUUUAACAAGAACAGCUUUGGUGUCAUCCCUAGCACUCCUUUGGCCAUCCAUACCCCGCUGAUGCCAAACCAGAGCAUCGAUGUGUCCCUUCCCCUCAACACCUUGGGGCCCGUCAUGAAGAUGGAACCUCUCAAUAACCUACAGGUGGCUGUAAAAAAUAACAUUGACGUCUUCUACUUCAGCUGCCUCAUCCCACUCAAUGUGCUCUUUGUAGAGGAUGGAAAAAUGGAGCGCCAAGUCUUCCUUGCAACGUGGAAGGACAUUCCCAACGAGAACGAGCUGCAGUUCCAGAUUAAGGAAUGCCACUUGAAUGCUGACACUGUUUCCAGCAAACUGCAAAACAACAAUGUUUAUACUAUUGCCAAGAGAAAUGUGGAAGGGCAGGACAUGCUGUACCAGUCCCUGAAACUCACUAAUGGCAUUUGGAUAUUGGCAGAGCUGCGUAUCCAGCCAGGAAAUCCCAACUACACACUGUCUCUGAAGUGUCGAGCUCCUGAAGUCUCCCAGUACAUCUACCAGGUCUAUGACGGAAUUUUGAAAAACUAAAAGACUAGAAAUGGAGGCGCCUUACCGCCCCUGCCAUCUGUGCAAACCAAGACUCUCUAACUGGAAGCAAUUGUGUUGAUGUAUAGACUCUUGAGUCCAAACCACCCUGACCCACCAAGGUAGUGACUAGUGUACUAAUGUGUGCUAAUGUUAGGACACAACCCUCUGGAUAGUUUUACCUGCCCACAAAAGUCUGUAAGCCCUGCUAUGACCACUCCCUGCCUCCGCCACCUAUGAGCUUCUCCAUCCUGUGCCAAUGGCUAGCGUUUUCUAAACUGCUUUAGAGCCUAGUUUGUUAUUUUGUAAUUGAAAACUCAUUUCAAAAAUCUGAAAAAAAAAAAGGGAAAAAACCUGUUUAUUAAAGCAAGGAAAAGUAUCAUUGAAUCAUGAA